AUGGGUCUUCCCAGCCUUGAGGAUAAAAGAGAAUUGGCAUAUAAGCUGUUCAUUGAGAUCUUGGCGUAUCAAUUGGCGUCGCCGGUGCGAUGGAUUGAGACGCAAAAUGAGCUUCUCAAGAAGAACCCGACCAUUCGGCGGUUUAUCGAGAUCGGACCGCGAACCACACUUGCGACCAUGGCCAAGAAGUCAGCUUCCAAGUACGCGGCGCGGUGUCCACAGUCAUCGCAGCUGGAAUUCCUGUCCUAUCAGGACCAACAGGACGAGAUUUUGUUUCGAUACCCAGAGGAGUCCAAGGUCACAGAGAAGAAGCUUCCUGUGCCUAAACAGGUCUCUGCGCCGGCCUUGACUUCGACCGCUCAGACCCAUGAAAAGCCAACGCACGAAUCAACUGAAUCCGUCGGAUAUGUGCCCAGUGCAGAUGUUACUCUAUCAGCUAAACAUGUCGUUCUUGCAAUGACAGCACAAAAGCUUCAGCGGCCUUUUGACCAGGUGCCAAUAGAGAAAACAAUCCGUGACCUUUCCGGAGGAAAAUCAACGCUUCAAAACGAGUUGACUGGAGACCUUGUAGCAGAAUUUGGAAAGGUUCCAGAAGGAGUCGAGGACAUGUCUCUAGCCGCCCUCGGGGAGGCCCUGCAAGGAGGCUUCGCUGGGAAACCAGGAAAGCAGAUGGCCGCAUUGAUAUCUAGACUGGUGUCAGCACGAAUGCCUGCUGGGUUCAACCAGAACGCCAUCCAGGAUUAUUUGCAAUCACGAUGGGGCCUGAGCAAAGGACAUUCCAUCAUUCCCAUGUGCUUCGCGACAACUGUCGAACCGCAGAUGCGAUUGUCCAAUUUGGAUGCGACACAGGUGUAUCUGGAUGAACUGGUGAACAGAUAUGCCGUCUUUCAAGGUGUUGACUUCAUCGCCGCAAAUGAACAAAACAGCCAGAAUACGAGGCCUCAGUCCAUGGUCAUUGACGCUGCUAGUCUUGAUGCUUUCAACAAAGAGAACAGAGACUUUCAGCGCAAGCAGUUGAACUUGCUGGCGAAGCAUCUUCAAGUCAAUAUUGAUGGCCAAUCCGGAGAUGCCCAGACGGACACGCGGGAAUUGGAAGAAAAGCUGCAGCAAUGGAACGCCGAGCUAGACGAUCAAUUCUUCCAGGGUAUUCAGCCGUCUUUCGAUGCGAACAAAGCCCGGCAGUACGAUUCCUGGUGGAACUGGGCUCGAGAGGAGCUCAUUCGAUGGCUAGGCGAUGUUUCUCAAGACCUUGGCGGUAUUGUUCUUUCGAGCAUGGACGACCGGCUGCGUAGGACGCUGAAUCGGUGGGAGCCGAGCUGCACCGAUAUCAUUCGGUCUUUAUUAGACACUCCCAGUUACACGAGCCCUGAUAUUCGCCCGAUGUUGGCAGAAAUACUGCGACUUGGAACCCAGGCCCAGCUUGUCGAACCGACUUUCAUUUACACCGAGCCACCACUGGCCCCAAAAACCAUUGUUUCCAGCACGGGUCGGCUAGAGUAUCAGGAGACCAAACGAAGUGCCCGCAGUUACCCUGACGUCGUUCGACAAGGUCGCGCCAUAUCAAAAGACGGUGGUUCAAUGAUUCCAUUCAUUCACAUCAAGACUCGGCGCGACGAAGAGGAGUGGGAAUACAAUCCAGAACUGACAGAUACUUACCAUGCGACAUUAGAUAUGGGAGCUACCGUCGGCCUGACAUACAGUGGCAAAGCGGUUCUCGUUACAGGCGCUGGACCAGACUCGAUCGGGGCCAUGGUAGUAAAGGGACUACUCGCCGGCGGCGCGCGAGUGAUUGUCACCACGAGCCGGGCUGUAUCAGACAGUGCUCCGUUCUAUCAGGAAAUGUAUCGACACCACGGAGCUAGAGGCUCGUCAUUAACGCUUCUUCCGAUGAAUCAAGCCAGCAAGCAAGACUGCGACGCGCUGGUGGAGUACAUAUACGGCGAAGAAUCCCCGACCGGUGGCGACUUGGACUAUGUUGUUCCAUUCGCUGCGAUACCCCAGGCUGGCGAGCUGGACAAGUUGAACAGCAAGCACGAGUUGGCCUUCCGGGCCAUGCUAACCAACGUGCUGCGCCUGACGGGUCUUGUGCGGCGAGCUAAAGAGAAACGCCGCAUCGACACCCGGCCCACAAUGAUCAUACUGCCAAUGUCUUGCAAUGAGGGUACAUUUGGAGGCGACGGCUUGUAUUCUGAAUCCAAGCUGGGUUUGAAAACGCUGUUCAAUCGGUUUUUCUCGGAGACCUGGUCAACAUACGUGACCAUCUGCGGAGCGGUCAUUGGCUGGACCAGAGGGACUGGAUUGAUGCGGACCUCCAACAUGGUGGCGGCCGAGAUCGAGAAGAUCGGUGUCAUCACCUUCACCCAGGCAGAGAUGGCCUUCAACAUACUAGCCUUGAUGACACCGAGAAUUGCAGUCUUGGCCGAAGACGCCCCGGUGUAUGCCGACCUGACGGGCGGAUUUGGAGGGAUAUGGAACGUGAAGCAGCAAAUUGCUGCAGCGCGUCAAAGACUGUCCGAUGAGCUUGACUUGCGAAACGCACUCGCAGAAGAAGAUGCCCGUCAUCAGCAGGUUCUGUUCGGGCCGCAGGACCAGAAAGACAAAGGCAAACCAAUAAAACGCGCAAAUCUGAAUCUCGGAUUCCCUCAAUUGGCGUGUCAUCAAUCACUAGCGACUGGCCUUCCUCAUCUCGAGGGAAUGGUCGAUUUGUCUCGGACAGUGGUGGUUGUCGGAUUCUCCGAGCUAGGCCCAUGGGGUAAUGCUCGCACCCGAUGGGAAAUGGAACACCGAGGUCAAUUCUCGCUCGACGGCUACAUGGAAAUGGCCUGGAUUAUGGGACUGAUCAAACAUGUGGACGGAGAGCUGAAAGGGGAGCCAUAUGUGGGCUGGGUGGACUCCGAGACCCAGUCUCCCGUGAACGACAGCGACGUUCCUGACAAAUACCACGAACACAUCAUGAAGCACGUCGGUCUGCGGCUGAUCAGCCCAGACAAGCGAGACGGCUACGAUCCAUCGCGAAAAGAAUACCUGCACGAAGUCGCUGUUGAAGAGGACCUUCCCCCUUUUGAAUGCUCCAAAACUACUGCUGAGGCAUUCCGACUGCGUCACGGAAACAACGUGGCCGUGCAGUCGGUGGCAGAAAGCGACAACUGCCGCAUUUUCGUGAAAAAGGGCACGGUCUUGAUGAUCCCCAAGAGAAUUCCGUUCGACCAGGUCGUAGCCGGCAGAAUCCCGAAGGGUUGGGACCCGCUGCGGUAUGGAAUUCCAGAGGAUAUUGUGCGACAAGUCGACGAUACGACACUGUACACACUGUGCUGUGUGUCCGAAGCAUUUCUGUCGGCUGGAAUCCAUGACCCUUACGAGAUCUACCAACACAUCCAUGUCUCGGAGGUGGCGAAUUGCCUGGGCACUGGUGGAGGGCCGAUGAAAGCCAUCCGGAGUUUGUAUCGUGAUCGAUUCCUUGACCGGUCUGUGAGAGGUGAUAUCAUCCUCGAGCACUUCCUCAACACCACCGGAGCGUGGGUCAAUAUGCUCCUGCUCUCCGCCACAGGGCCGAUUAAGACACCUGUCGGGGCGUGUGCGACCGCGCUAGAGUCGUUGGAUACCGGCUGCGAUGCCAUCCAAACCGGAAAAUGCAAGGUGGCUAUUGUGGGAGGGUGUGACGACUACACCGAGGAGCUCGCGUACGAGUUUGCAAAUAUCAAGGCCACGGCGAACGGCACGGAGGAGCUGGCCAAAGGGCGUCUACCGAGUGAGAUCUCUCGUCCCACUGCCAGCUCACGGAGCGGGUUUGCCGAGUCGGCGGGUAGUGGUGUGCAGAUUCUCAUGAGCGCCGAGCUGGCCUUGGAGAUGGGUCUGCCGAUCUACGGCAUUCUCGCCUACAAUCAGAUGGCGGGUGAUCAGAUUGGCCGUUCCAUUCCCGCGCCAGGCAAGGGUGUUUUGACCGUAGCCCGGGAGGUUGGUGAGGCUAAGAAUUCGCCGCUGCUGGACUUUGGUUUCCGGCGCGCUCGGUUUGAUGAAGAUGUUGCAGAUCUCCAGCACCGCUGGUCCGCUCAGACGCUCGAGCGCCCGUUCCCCGAGCGGAACCAACAAAUGGAGCAGCUGGUUUCACUGAAGAAGAAAGAGAUCCAGAAUCGUUGGACUCAGAUCCGUCAAUUAGACCCCUCUAUCUCUCCGAUGAAAGCAGCCCUGGCUACCUGGGGCCUGGCUGUUGACGACAUCGGCGUGGUUUCGAUGCACGGGACGUCCACCAAAGCCAACGAGAUCAACGAAGGCGAUGUCAUCAACACGCAGAUGGCCCAUCUUGGUCGUCGCAAAGGCAAUCCACUGCUCUGCGUCUGCCAAAAGUCGCUCACUGGGCACCCCAAGGCUGCUGCAGGGGCGUGGCAGUUGAAUGGCUGUAUGCAGAUCAUCCGCGACCAAAUCGUGCCUGGCAACCGGAACGCCGACAACGUGGACGAGCAUCUGAGGCAAUACGAGCAUCUCGUAUAUCCAAUGGAGUCCAUGCCGACGACAAAAGCCAACGCAGUCAUGGUCACCUCCUUCGGGUUUGGCCAGAAAGGAGCCAUCAGCAUCAUUGUGGCACCCAAGUAUCUGUUCGCCUCUCUUUCGCCCGCUGACUAUGAGGACUAUCGCGCGCGUGUCGGCCAACGACAGCGUUUGACCAAUCCGGAAUUUGUGACGCGCGUGCUCAAGCAUUCGCUGGUUCAAGUGAAGAGCCAGCCCCCUUGGAAGGACUCGGAGACGAUGCGGCAGGUUUUCCUCGACCCCAACAGCCGUCUCACGGGCGACCAGUAUACAUUCACCGAACAGGCUCAGACUCAACCUGUAUAUGCAAAGGCAACACAUGAGCUAAAGGCAGACCGCCCCACCGAGUCUAGUAAUGUGUGCGGGCUCGUUCAAUCGAUGCUGGACGAGGUGACCCGAUCUAGCACGUCACCGAUCACCGGGGUUGGGGUCGAUGUCGAGAGCAUCGCCAGCAUCAACACGGAAAAUCCCACGUUCAUCGAGCGUAAUUUCACCCCAGCCGAGCGAGACUAUUGCUCGACAGCCGCCGACCCGCGGUCUUCUUUCGCCGGUCGCUGGAGCGCCAAGGAGGCGGUUUUCAAGAGCCUGCAAACUCAAUCCAUUGGGGCAGGGGCCGCGAUGCAAGAGAUUGAAAUUAUUAGCAACCACGGCAUUCCCAAAGUCAUGCUCCACGGUCGCGUUCAGGAAAUUGCUGCUACGAAGGGGAUUAGUAAGAUCGAGGUGACGAUCAGCCAUUCAGCAGAGACAGCCAUAGCCGUUGCACUCGCGACAGGCAUAUAGUUGCAGAUCUGUUCUGCAAGAUUGGCUUGUGAACCGGAUGCAUGAUCCAUGAUGCGUAGUGGACGCGUUGUUGAUGGCGAUGAUCGUCAUUCACUAGUCGCCAAGC